AUGGCUCUCUUUCAGAGUAUUUUCUAUGUGUGCUUUUUCUUUUUGUGCUUUACAAUUGGUUGUAUGGCAUCCCAUACCCAUCUAAAAGGUGAUAUAGAGUAUCUACUGAAGUUAACUCCCUGGAACUGGAAACACUUGAACACAUCCGUAAAAGUGGACACCCCGGUCUCUCUGGACAUUUCUCUUUUGUCCCACUACAGACUUACAGGAAAUAAAUUCGAAUUCAAUAAGUAUAAGAAACGGGACUGUGCAUCAAUUUUAAAAUUCAUACCAAACACAAAAGGGAAAGAUGGCGUCUACACUAUAUACCCUGACAUAAAGACAAGGAAACUGGUGUACUGUGACAUGACUACAGAGGGAGGGGGUUGGACGGUUAUUAAUAAGAGGAUGGACGGAUCAGUAGAAUUUUAUAGAUCCUGGAAUUCAUACAAAAAGGGAUUUGGAAAUGUGGAUGGAGAGUAUUGGAUAGGAAAUAGUUUAGCUUAUCAUAAUGGAAGGCCGUUUUCCACGAAGGAUGCUGAUAACGACUCGUGGAAGAAUUCCUGUGCUGUCAGUAGAAAAUCAAGUUGGUGGUACGGAGCUUGCGAUGAGUGUGAUCUGAAUGGACAAUACCAUAAAUCUGCUGUCAAAACAAAUGGAAGUGUUAAUUGGGAGCACUUUGGAACAGAAGAAAAUAUGGUUCUAAUCAAAAAAAAUUUUGUGGUACUGUGUUUCUUUCUGCACUUUUUAACCACACGUUGUAUAACUCUGCAUUCCCAUCUACAAGGAAAUGUUGAGUCUCUACUGCAGUUAACUCCCUGGAACUGGAAACACCUGAACACAUCCGUCAAAGUGGACACCCCGGUCUCUGUGGACAUUUCUCUUCUGUCUCGCUAUAGACUUACGGGGAAACACUUCAACAAGUACAUGUACCAGAGGCUCCGAAAGCAAAGAGACUGUGCAUUAAUUCUAAAAUUCAUACCCAACACAAAAGGGAAAGAUGGCGUCUACUCUAUAUACCCGGAUAUGAAGACACAGAAACUGGUGUACUGUGACAUGACUAGCGAGGGAGGGGGCUGGACGGUUAUUAAUAAGAGGAUGGACGGAUCAGUAGAUUUUAAUAGAUCCUGGGAUUCGUACAAAGAAGGAUUCGGUAAUGUGGAGGGAGAAUAUUGGUUAG